AUGGCAAUAAUUCCAUCCUCGAUCCGCCAACUUUCUCUCCUCCUCCUCGUCCUUUCAUCGACCGUCUCACUCCUCGCACCGCCAUCCACAGCCAACGACAGCAAUGUCCUUCUCACCGGCGAUGUUCUCCCCACCAACGGCCAGCUUUCCAACGGCGACGCCACAUUCGUCAUGCAGGGCGACUGCAACUUAGUAUUGUACAACAAGGGCCGCGGCUUCCAGUCCGGCACGUCCGGCCUCGGUGAUGCAUGCACGCUAACUCUCGACGACCUCGGCCAAUUCGUCAUCAUGGUCGCCAGCGGCUCCGCCGUCUGGAGCUCCACGCUCCGCGGCAACUACACGAGAGAAAAGUACGCCUCGCCCCGCGGCAACUACACGAGAGGAAAGUACGCCGCCGUCCUCCGACCCGACGGUGAAGUAGCCAUCUAUGGCCCUGCCGUUUGGUCCACGCCCAACUUCGGAUUCAGCACCGCGCGGGGUGCUGUUUCUACUCAGGCGAUGGAGGUUCCGAUGGCGAACAACGUGCUGUUCUCGUCCCAGGUUCUCUACGACGACGCCCAGCUCACGACGAGGGAUUACAUCUUCACCAUGAGGGAGAGUUGCAAUCUGGCCCUGGUUAAGAGGUCCAAAGGCAUCAUCUGGCAGACUGGAACGGUGGAUGGAGGCGAGAACUGCUUCCUUAGGCUUGACCACCGUGGGCAGCUGGCCGUUGUAGACGACGAGUACGAUACGGUGUGGCGCAGCCAGCCCGCAUCCAAGGAUGGAGACUAUGUGCUUGUGGUCCAGAUCAAUGGACAAGCCGUCGUCUAUGGACCCGUCGUCUGGUCGACAGCUUCCUACGCCUACUGA